AUGGUUGCAAAGCUGCUCUACUCCCGACUUUGCCUCCUGCUGCUGCUGGGGCUCCUGGGAAUAGUGCCCUUGUUGCAGGCCGUGCCACCUGGCUUAACUACGUAUCAGUGGUUCGCUAUCCAGCACAUCAAUACCGGGAACAUCCAGUGUAAUAUUGCAAUGCUGAGAGUUAACAACUAUACAGGAAAUUGCAAACGCUUUAACACUUUUCUUAAUACAACCUUUACUGAUGCUCUUAAUGUUUGUAACAACCGAGUUACAAACUGCAGUAACAGAAUAUACCAAAACUGUCAUAAUAGUUCAGUUCGGGUGCCUAUAACUGAAUGUAGCCUCACUACACCCUCACAUAUUAUUAGAAACUGCGGAUAUUCUCAAAGACCGAAUACAAAGUUCUACAGAAUUGCUUGUGAUCCAAUAGCUCCACCAAGGAAUCAAACCUUGGUUCCAGUUCACUUGGAUGGGACAUUUUAG